AUGUAGUGUCCAGAUACCGAGAGAAAGGAACAUACCAUUCUGCAUAUUCUCAGCUGGGUUUGAGUAUUUCGCUCGUAACUAGUUCUGAAAGUGCCUUUUGGAUUAAGACGUAGCAAAGCUGUCUCUCUUUCAGACAAUGGGAACCAAGGUCAUGAUACCACUGUGCUCGGAUUUCGGGGAGAAGCACGGCAGCAUAUGUAUUUUCGGAACAGGGGAUUUUGGACGAUCGCUUGGAUCCAAAUUGAUGCAAAAUGGAUAUUCAGUGGUAUUUGGAAGUCGUCAUCCGGGUGAAACCAGCUUGUUGCCCAGAGGGGCUGAGGUGCUGAGUCACGCAGAAGCGGUACAGAAUUGCUCCAUUAUCAUUGUGGCGGUGCAAAGGGACCAUUACGAUUUUCUGAAGAACCUCAAAGAAGCCCUGGAGGGUAAAAUACUGGUGGACGUCAGCAAUAACCUUACAAUAAACCAAUACCCUGACUCCAAUGCCGAGUACCUCGCCCAGAUCGUACCCAGAGCCACAGUUGUCAAAGCAUUUAAUACAGUCUCUGCAUGGGCUCUGCAGUCGGGGAGUCUGGAUGCCAGCAGACAGGUCUUUGUAUGUUCGAAUGACAGUCAAGCCAAACAACAGAUAAUGGACAUCAUCCGGGCCAUUGGGUUGACGCCACAAGACAAGGGAUCUUUAGGAAUGGCCAAGGAGAUAGAGGACUAUCCGCUGCAGCUCUUCCCAAUGUGGAGACUUCCCAUGUGCACCUGUGCAGGACUGACCGUGCUGGUGUUCCUGUAUUGUGUAAUCCAAGACAUCAUCUACAACGCAGAAAAAAACAUUGAUGUCUCCUAUCUUCUGAUGAUCACCAUUCCCAACAGGAUCUUCCCUGUCGUCUCCUUGAUGUUGUUGGCUUUGUGUUAUCUUCCCGGUGCCUUUGCCGCCAUCAUUCAACUCUAUAGAGGCACCAAGUACAGCCGAUUCCCCAACUGGUUGGAUCGGUGGAUGUUAUGUAGAAAGCAGUUGGGGCUGGUGGCGUUGUCCUAUGCUUUCCUCCAUGCCAUUUAUACUCUUGUUAUUCCGAUUCGAUACAGUGCACGGCACAGGACAGAGACAUUUAUUAUCAAUCAAGUAAUGUUGAAUAAAACCAGAGCUUUCGAGAAACCCCUGACCUGGAGAAGUGACACCUAUUUAGCACUAGGAAUCCUGGGAUUUUUCUUCUACAUUGUCCUGGGAAUAACCUCUCUACCCUCUGUCAGCAAUGCCGUCAACUGGAGAGAGUUCAGGUUUGUCCAGUCAAAACUGGGAUAUCUGACUCUGCUGCUGUGCACAGGACAUGCGAUGGUCUUUGGCUGGAAUAGAUUCCUCCUACUUGAUAGAUACAGAUGGUAUAUGCCCCCCGUGUACACACUUUCCCUGGUCAUUCCAUGCGUGGUUCUCAUCCUGAAGCUCGUCCUAAUAAUCCCAUGCAUCGACACCAGGAUUACCAAAAUACGUCAAGGGUGGGAAAGAUCUCCAAGCAAGAAAGCAGAAACAAAGUUAAAAACCUGCAGUCUAUAGUGUUAUAGUCACACACGGACUGAAUGAGCCAUAUAAAAACCAUUCUAUAUCCACACCACUAGGGGGAGCUCAGCGCAGACAGAUGUAUACACAGCCUAUUGAACUCAAUGGUAUAUGCACCUGGUAGCAGCAGAAGGCAGAUAUGCAUGUAUCUUAUGAUUCUAUGGCUGUGUGAAGGGAAGCAGGGGAUUUGAGCUCUGAUCAUUAUACAGAUAUAUUAUAGCAUUAACUGUCACAGACGUUUGGCUGCAUUCA